AAGUUUGCCUUUAGUUUGUUUGGCCUUUCUUGUUUUCAAGUUUCGCGGUUGUGCCCCAAAAAUCUACAAUUUCUCUCUCUACCUGCGCCAAUUCUUCAGUCGCCAUCUUGCUCGCCUUUGUCAAUUUGCUCGUACGAUUUGGUUGCGUUUCAUCACAACUUGAUCUAAUUCUUUGAUUCAAACUACUACCUAACUGUGUAUGCUGAUCUUUCUCCUCCCAUCUUUUUCAGCUGAUCUUGAUUGAAUUUGCCGCCUGUUCAAAUUUAGGUUCAUCUGAUUUAUCUGGAAGUCUUGACUAGUCUUGAUACUCGCUCAUUUUCGAUCAGCUGUUUGAUAUUGGGAGUUGAAAUUGCCAGAGGAUUCGUAUGCAUUUUCAAUGACUGAUAGAGAACUCUGCUGGUUCUAACAUUGAUUUUCUCUUCAAUUACGCAAGAUCAUCUCUCUUUUUAUGCUUGCAUAGAUCGCUCUGCUGGUGAUUGAGGAAUCCACUUAUGGCCCCACCAAAAAAAUCUAGAGGUGUAAAUAAGCAAUUGUCUCAGGUUGAUGAGGUGUCUCCUAGUAAAGAUGAGGACAAUUCAAAGAAAAGCUUGCUGCGGAAAAGGAAAUUUUCUGACAUGUUAGGGUUGCAAUGGACCAAGGGAGAGCUUGAACGCUUCUACGAUGCCUACCGUAAGCAUGGAAAAGACUGGAAAAAGGUUGCUGUUGCAGUGCGAAACCGAUCUGUGGAAAUGGUCGAGGCUCUUUACACGAUGAACAGGGCUUACUUGUCACUUCCAGAGGGGACUGCUUCUGUAGCAGGGCUAAUUGCAAUGAUGACUGAUCAUUACUGCAACAUGGGAGGAAGUGAUAGGGAACAAGAAGGCAGUGAUGGAGAAGAGACAUUUCAGAAACUUCAAAAGCGUAGCCGAAGGAAAUUGCAUCCUAGUCCUUCAAAAAGAACUGAAGGCCAUACUAUUCCACAUCUCCAUCCCGGAACAUCCACAUCUGGUUGCCUAUCAUUUUUGAAUAAGGGACGCCCAAAUGGCAUUGGUCCGCGUGCUGUAGGAAAGCGGACACCCCGGUAUCCUAUUUCAUAUUCUUAUGAGCGAGCUAAUGGGGAAAAAAAUUCCCCCAAACCCAGGAAGGGCCUCCAAUUAAAGGUAGAUGCCGUGGACGAUGAUGUAGCUCAUGAGGUGGCGUUAGUGCUUGCCGAGGCUUCACAAAGAGGUGGUUCUCCUCAAGUAUCUCGUACACCGAAUAGAGGAAAACACAGCAUAAUGCCAUCACCUGCAUGGAAUGGAAAAAGAAAGCAUAUUGGUAAAAAAGUUGACAAUGGAGUAGAUGAGGAAGGUUUAGAAGGAGGCACUGAAGCUGAAAAUGGAGAUCUUUCUAGGGGUAAAAGUUACUUGAGAGAAAUGAGAGAUGUUGCCGAUGGUAAGAAAGGAAGAAGAACUCUUGAAAAGAACAUAGAAGCCGAUUGCAGUGAAAAUGAUGAUUUAGAUGAUGUCAAGGAAGCUUUCAGUGGCACAGAAGCAAAAGCUGUUAGAUCUCCAUUUCACAUGCCAAAGAAGAAAAACAAGAAGGUUCUUUUUGGAGAAGGUGAAGGGUCUGCAUUUGAUGCCUUGCAAGCUUUGGCUGAUUUGGCUGAUUUGGCAGCUGAAGAAGGGUCAGCAUUUCAGGUAAAAGAUGGUGAUGAUCUAGUUGAUAAGCCACCUGAAAUUCUUUCUCCAAACCGCCAAAAGGAGAGGCCUAAGUCCUCGAGGGUUAAGACAAAAGGGAAGCAGUUGACGUCUGAUUAUGAAAUUGAUUGGCCUAAGACAUCUAGAAAUGGAAAGGCUCCAGUUCUCGACAUUGGUUCUAUUCCUGAAGUAAAACGAGAACUUUCUCAGCCUAUUUCUAAAGUUUCAAGGAAGAAGCAGAAGGCCAUGACAUCUAAAACUCCUGCAGAUAAAGUUGCUAUUGAUGGUCAUCCUAAUGAGUCUCAAGAAGCAGAGGUGGAUACCUUGAAGAGAUUCAUGAUCAAAGGUAAAUGGUCUUCCAAUAAUUCGUUGCUGCAAAGGCAUGGGAAGCCAGUCAAGCAUCCGGAACAUUCUUCUUCAAGUACUGAACAAAAGGCUGAAAAAGAAGAUUCAGCUCUAUCAAGUAUGCAAGUUAACAUGCCCAGUCUAGCUAACACUACAAGUAAAGUUAGGAGCAAGCGCAAAUCGGAGCUAAAAGAACCACAAAAACUUCAUCUGAAGUAUUCUAAUGAACUUUCAAAUGAUCAAUCUAAUAUAUCCAUGGUCUCAUGGCUCAGCGGAGCACGUAAUAUUAAGGAAAAGCUUUCAAAUUGCAUGUCUAGUCAUCAGCUAAGGAGAUGGUGUGCUUUUGAGUGGUUCUACAGUGCAGUUGAUUAUCCAUGGUUCGCUAAAAGAGAAUUUGUGGAAUACUUGAAUCACGUAGGUUUAGGUCAUGUCCCAAGAUUGACUCGUGUUGAAUGGGGUGUCAUAAGAAGUUCUCUUGGCAAACCACGAAGGUUCUCUGAGCAGUUUCUGAGGGAAGAAAAGUAUAAACUUAAUCAAUAUCGUGAUUCUGUCAGGACACAUUAUACUGAACUUCGUUCCGGAACAAGGGAAGGACUUCCUACAGAUCUUGCAAGGCCUUUAUCAGUUGGGCAACGUGUUGUGGCUAUUCAUCCUAAAACAAGAGAGAUUCAUGACGGUAGUGUACUUACAGUCGACCAUACAAGGUGUCGUGUUCAGUUUGACCGACCAGAACUAGGGGUUGAAUUUGUCAUGGACAUUGAUUGUAUGCCACAAAAUCCGUUUGAGAAUAUGCCUGCUUGCAUGGCAAGGUCUGCAGUUCCUGUUGAUAAAAUUCUGGAGAACUCCAACGAACUGAAAGUCACUGGUUUGCUAAAAGACCAGAAACUAGAAUCACUUAUGAAAUUUUCUUCAGGUGAAAGUUCACAAAAUGGUGGUGGUCCUCAUAUGUCUCCAUCAAGUUAUGCUGCUAUUAAUCUGAAGCCAGCAAAGGGAGCUCCUUUAAAUGUGGAAGUUAAACCAGCUAGCAAUGGUAUCCCCAAUUACCAACUAUCAUUACUUGCGCAUAUUCAAGUAAAGGAAGGUGACGUUCAAGCACUUGCAGAUCUUACUCGUAAUCUUGACAAAAAGGAGGCACUGGUAUCUGAAUUAAGGCACAUGAAUGAUGACAUGGUAGAAAACAGAAGCAAUUUGGAGAACUCAGAACCUUUUAAGAAGCAAUAUGCUGCUAUAAUAGUUCAACUAAAUGAAAUUAAUGAGCAGGUCUCUUCAUCUCUUUUCUGCUUAAGGCAACGAAAUGGGUAUCAGGGGAACUCUAUAUUAGCUUUGCCACAACCUGCAGCCAAUUUAGGGGACACUUGUCUCUCCUUAAGCUUGUGUGAUCAUCCUGUGAACCCUGUACAGGACUCCGGAUUUCAUGUUAAGGACAUUGUUGAAAGCUCUAGAGCAAAAGCUAGGACAUUAGUCGAUGCUGCUAUGCAGGCAAUGUUAUCAAUGAAUCAAAGUGAGAAUAUUCCGGAGAGGAUCGAAGAGACUAUAGAUUAUGUAAGCAAUAGGCUUCCUCUAGAUGACUCUGGUUUGCUAUCCAUCCGGCCAUCUAUCGCCCCUCUAGAUAUUACUAUUUCCAGUACGAUGGAUUCAUUAAAUGAAGAUAAGUUAAAGAGGAAUAUGACAGACAAGAAUGAUUCUAAAAUUCCAUCAGAACUCAUCAGUCAUUGUGUGGCGACUCUUCUCAUGAUUCAGAAGUGCACUGAACGGCAGUUUCCACCAACGGAUGUAGCUCAGAUACUGGAUUCGGCAGUUACUAGUUUGCAGCCAUGCUGUUCUCAGAACCUUCCUGUAUAUUCGGAGAUCCAAAAGUGCAUGGGAAUCAUUAGAAAUCAAAUAUUGGCUCUGAUACCUACUUAACUUUUUGAUUAUUAUUUCUUCUUUUGUACAUUUAACUAAUAAUCGAUAACGCAGUAGAGAUGGUGUUUCUAACAGCUAGUGCGUUUUCUUGCAGUUUUUCAAGUCUGCUUACAUUUGAAUUGAUCUGUCAUUUUGAGGAUGUUUUUUUUCUUCUUCUUUCUAUUAA